AAAUUUUAUUUUAAUAUUUUAAUAAAUACGAUGAACACAAGCCACGAGGCGCAUGUUGCUGCUACCAUACGCAUACAAGGCGCACUACGCACCAGGCUGCAUUAGCCACCCCUACAUUAAAUAAUUCUACAAGUGUGGACUGUAGCUUGUUUGUUUACACUUUAUCUGUCGGUUUGUCCAUUUCCUACUACCGCUACUACCACUUUUCAAAGUUUCUCUCUCUCUCUCCCAAUUCUUCCGCAAGAGACAGAGAAAGAAUUUAAGAUAAAAGAGAUUGGAGUGUACCGAGUUGUUGGAUAUGAGUGAAAAUUAAGAUGAUGAUAAUGGAAUGGAAUCAGCAGCAAGAGAGUCAACCCCAAAACCAGAGUGAAGAAAAUGGGAAUGGGGUAAUGCAUGUCAAAGUGAUGACCGAUGAGCAGUUGGAGACUCUCCGCAAGCAGAUUGCUGUUUAUGCCUCCAUCUGUGAGCAGCUGGUCGAGAUGCACAAGAACCUCACCGCCCACCAAGACCUUACAGGUGGGAGUCUGGGAAAUCUGUAUUGUGACCCUUUAAUGACACCCGGUUGGCACAAAAUUAGUGCCAGACAGCGGUGGACACCGACAGCCGUGCAACUUCAGAUUCUGGAACGCAUAUUCCAUGAGGGGACUGGAACUCCAAGCAAGCAAAAGAUCAAAGAGAUAACUUCAGAACUAAGCCAACACGGCCAAAUUUCGGAAACCAAUGUGUAUAACUGGUUUCAAAACAGACGAGCUAGGUCUAAAAGGAAGCAAGUGGUGGCUGCAUCCUCCAACAACAACAACAACGCCGCUGAAUCGGAGGUAGAAACCGAAGUCGAGUCACCAAAGACAAAGCCGCAGAACCUUCUGGUAUCUCAGGCUGAACAAGAUGUGUGCUUUCAGAACCCAGAAAUAACAUCUCAGCUUAAUUACUUGGGCGGGAGUUACCACAUUUAUGACCAACAUGCGUGGCAGGGUGAGUGAGAUGUGACAUAGCAAGGCUAUUACAUACACUGAACAUGAGAUGAAACGGUUAAGUUGGCUUUGGCUUUUGUAUCUUUCCGAUUACUUGUUAAUAUGAUGAACUCCAGUAAUGUGUUGGUUGUUGAUGAAAGCGUGAGAAAUGCUUGAUUUUGUUACGAGUAAAUGGAUGCUUCUUCGGAUAUUGAUUGGAAAGUUGAACU